GUACCCAUAAUGCAUUUCGGUGGAUUUCUACGAUAGACGCUUCCGGUGUGGUGCACGUUCGUUCCUCCCUCGCAUUUGUCUGUGUGUUGGGUUAACUUUGAGUGUAAAUAUUGAACGCUAGUUAUCAUAAUAACUGGCGUUGGAUCUAUCAUAACAGAUUUACAGAGGGAGGUGAGAUCAACAGGCCGCCAAGAUGCCGAGAAUUAUGAUAAAAGGAGGCGUCUGGCGCAACACUGAGGAUGAGAUCCUCAAGGCAGCGGUGAUGAAAUAUGGGAAAAACCAAUGGUCCCGUAUUGCCUCUCUGCUCCACCGAAAGUCUGCCAAACAGUGUAAAGCCAGAUGGUACGAGUGGUUGGAUCCUAGUAUUAAGAAAACAGAAUGGUCCAGAGAAGAGGAGGAAAAGCUGCUUCACUUGGCCAAGCUGAUGCCCACUCAGUGGAGGACUAUUGCUCCUAUCAUAGGACGUACUGCUGCCCAGUGUCUGGAGCACUAUGAAUACCUGCUAGACAAGGCAGCACAAAGAGACAAUGAGGAAGAAGUGGGAGAUGACCCAAGGAAGCUAAAACCAGGGGAGAUCGACCCAAAUCCUGAAACUAAACCUGCCAGACCCGACCCUGUGGACAUGGACGAAGAUGAGUUGGAGAUGCUGUCAGAGGCCAGGGCUCGACUGGCUAACACCCAGGGUAAGAAAGCCAAGAGGAAGGCCAGAGAGAAACAGCUGGAGGAGGCCAGACGGUUGGCUGCUCUGCAGAAGCGCAGAGAGCUUAGAGCUGCAGGAAUCGAUGUCCAAAAGAAGAGGAAGAAGAAGAGAGGAGUAGACUAUAAUGCUGAAAUUCCCUUCGAAAAGAAACCUGCACAGGGUUUCUUUGACACCAGCAUGGAGCAGUAUGUCCCCCUGGAGCCAAACUUCAAACGGCUCAGACAGCAGCACUUGGAUGGAGAGCUACGCAAUGAGCAAGAGGAGAAGGAGAGGAAGAAAGAUAAACAGAAGAUCAAGAAGAAGAAAGAAAGCGAUCUUCCAUCUGCCAUCCUGCAGACCAGUGGAGUGGCUGAGUUCACCAAGAAGCGCUCCAAACUGGUUUUACCUACACCACAGAUCAGUGACGCUGAGCUGGAGGAAGUUGUCAAAUUGGGUGUUGCCAGUGAGGUCGCCCGUCAAGCCGCAGAGGAGAGUGAAAGUGGAAACUCUGCCUCCUCAGCCCUUCUGUCAGAGUACAGUGUCACCAACACAAUGUCAACAGGACUACGUACCCCACGCACCCCUGCUGCACAGGACAGGAUUCUGCAGGAAGCCCAGAACCUCAUGGCUCUGACCAACAUCGACACCCCUCUAAAGGGUGGUCUCAACACCCCGCUGCACGAGAGCGACUUCAGUGGAGUGACUCCUCAGCGGCAGCAGGUUCAAACACCCAACACAGUUCUCAGCACACCUUUCAGAACUCCUGGACAGGGUCAGGGACAAGAAGGUAUGACUCCUCAGGCUGGAGGAGUCAUGACUCCACGAGGGCCAGUAACACCAGGUUUGACCCCUGGCCGCACGCCGCUCAGAGACAAACUGAAUAUUAACAGUGAGGAGCAACUGGCUGAUCCUGCAUAUGCUAAACACCUGCAAAGAGAAAGCUUGCAGCAUCUGAAGCAGGGCCUGCUGUCACUUCCUGUUCCCAAGAACGAUUUUGAGAUUGUUCUUCCUGAAAACGCAGAGAAAGAGCUCGAAGAAACGGAGACAGAGACAGGGUUCAUAGAGGACUCUGCAGAUGUGGAGGCACGCAAACAGGCUAUACGCACUGCAGAGAAAGAGAAGGAGCUGAAGCUGCGUCACACCCCUGUCCAGAGGAAUCUCCCCAGACCUACAGAGGUCAAUGAGUCUGUCCUCCGUCCUGCCUCGAUGGAACCUCUGUUGGACCUCCAGCUGGCCGAGGAGCUGAUCAAACAGGAAAUGAUCACAAUGCUGCACUACGACUGUCUGCACCACCCUUCAGCCCUCACUGCCAGCCAGCUACAGCGCAGCAAAGGCAGAGGCCCCGCCUCCACAUCUAACAACGCGUCACACAUCGCGUACCUGGAAACACACACAUAUAAGCCAGUCAGUACAGAGGACAUGGAGCAGGCAAAGACAAUUCUUGCAGCAGAAAUGGAGGUGGUAAAGGGAGGUAUGGGACACGGUGAUCUCAGCAUGGAGGCUUACAGCCAGGUGUGGGAGGAAUGCUACGGACAGGUUUUAUAUCUACCCACUCAGAACCGGUACACCCGAGCUAACCUGGCAUCAAAGAAGGACCGUAUCGAAAGCCUGGAAAAGAAACUAGAUGUGAACCGUGGCCACAUGACAGCAGAGGCUCGUAAAGCAGCUAAACUGGAGAAGAAACUGAAAAUCCUGCUUGGAGGAUUUCAGUCAAGAGCUCUGGGUCUCCUGAAGCAGCAUAAUGAACUUUGGGAACAGGUGGAGCAGUCAGCCACAGAGCUAGAAACCUUCAAUCAGCUGAAGAAACAAGAAGACACUGCCAUUCCCAGAAGACAAGCGGCUCUGCGGGAGGAUGUGGAGAGGCAGAUGGAGAGAGAGAGAGAACUCCAGCAGAGAUACGGAGAGCUGCUGAUGGAGAGAGAGGCGCUGAUCAACAGCGCUCAGAAAUAUUGAUCCACACAUCUGUAUACACACUUGUCAUGAACGUACUUAUUUCAAGCUAACAGCUGCUCUGGGAGACAAACAGAAAAACAAUGAGUUUCCUCUCGUCAGUGCUGCGAGUCGUCGUAUUGAACCAUCCUGUCAUUUAUCGAUAUUUGUGGCAAUUCCAGAGAAGAGUCCAGCCUCCGUGUGCUCAUAAUGCUAUGAUGUCACUGAGUUUUGAGCAUGCUCAGAAGUCUUUGUGUUUCUGUAUUAGUGACCAAUAAAGUUUCUUUUCAACAAUA